UGUUUGGGUUUUUUGCUCAAUAAAAUUUUGCAAUAUUUGACAAUAAAUCGCAUAAUCGAGCAAAGCAUUAGUUGCAUUCAAUCGUCAAAAAUGCUCCCGUUGAAGGUGGUUCAAUCGAGUGGUGGUGGUGGUGCUUUUUGGCGAUUUUCCGCAGGUUUCUCACGAAAGUUCACUCAGAUUACUUCAAGGACACCUUGGAUCAAAGGGCUUGCAUCGCCCGCUGCUGUACCGACAAACUUAAAACGUUCCACUGGGAAUCCAAUACCGGUGGCUCUAUCGAUUGUGAUGGGAACCAACGUGAGCCGCUCCUCUGAUAUUCAUUCAUCUGCAUCCAGCAGGCAAGCUAGCAGCAAGGAGCCUUCUGGUGCCGAAACCCCCGGCGAUAGAAGUGACGGCACAAUGAGCGUAGAGAAUAAAGCCGAACUAGUGGCGAAGCUUACUCCCCUGCAGUAUCACGUCACCCAGGAGGCCGGCACCGAGCGGCCGUUCACGGGAAAGUACAACAAAUUCUACGAACAGGGUACCUACAUUUGCGUGGUGUGUACCCAGGAGCUGUUCAGCUCGGACACGAAAUUUGACUCCGGUUGCGGUUGGCCUGCGUUCAACGAUGUACUCGACAAGGGCAAGGUGACGCUGCACGCCGACGGCAGCUUAGCCGGCCGCAUGCGGACCGAGGUCAGGUGCUCUAAAUGUGGCGCUCACAUGGGCCACGUGUUCGAGGAUGGACCGCCCCCAACGCGUAAAAGGUAUUGUAUAAACUCGGCAUCCAUUGAAUUCAUGCCUGCUGGAUCGGAACGCAAGGAUGUGCCAAAAUCCAGCUAGAGACCUGGAUUAACUGUCCCCGUAGCUGGACGGGCCAAAACGGUGUCGGGAAAGGAUGAAAAUCUUCGACGCGAACCGUGUUUUAUUGAUAUUGCAUAGGCCGAAGCAAAACAGAGUGUGAAAUUGAAGAUGUUGAUGGAUGGGAAAGUUCAUUUUAGUCAGCCAGCGAUAUGGUGUGGCUACAGGUAAUACUGAGGAACAAGAGAUCAAUGAUAGCACAACAACCACUAUUACCCAUACUUUAAACAUGUUCAAACAGUACACGCAGGCGUUGUCUCACUACUACGAUGAUGUUCAGUUUUACCGUUAUUUGUUAAAUAUUUAAUUUCUGUUGUUUCUUGAUGUUUUUUUCUUCAGCGACCUCUCAUGGUAGCAUAAAUCAGGUAAUCUAAGUGCUGUAAAUUUACCUCGUUCCUCUGUGUAGUUUUUAUCGCACUCUUUCGAUACGAUGUAUGAAGACUAAUCGUAGAUAUUUAUUGAAUCAUUGUAUAGACCUACUAAUUUACCAAAUCAAAUUGACCGUCAAAAGAAGCAAGCAAUGAUAAAUAAUCAGCUAUUUCGUAAGGUUUACUAACAAAUUGAACAAUGACCAUUGGACGCAAAA